UGAGAGAGAAAUUAAGCCGUAUUGAACGUUUCAUAGCGACUGUUAACACUCGGAGCGGCGCGCCAACUGAAAUUGAACGCUUCCCGUUUGCCCAAGUGCAUUGUGGGUAACACUUUGCUAAACACGGAGAGGUGUGGCCACGGCUGGAGCCAAAAUGGCAACGACAGGACGUUCGUUUCACAGUUCGCACUGAUUCUCCUAAACUACACGUUAGCUGACUAGCUAGCUCAACAAGGAACCAGCACAGAGACGGAAACCCGGGGACAGUCGAAUAUGGCUGAACUUGAGCAACACGAAGGGGAACAGGACAUGGAUAAGAAAAUUGAGGAGACGAGACAGAGAUUCAAGAAUGAGUUCCUCCAAGAUUCAACUGAUAGAUAUGACUCCAGAGAUGUGGAAAGGCUUCAAAAAGAUGAUGCUCUGAUGGAGGGCUACCUGCAAUGGAGAAUGUAUGUCAUUGAUGAUGCCUUGAAAAUGAUUGACGAAAGUCUUCAGUGGAGAAAAGAAUAUGGUGUGAAUGAUAUCACUGAGAGCACCAUUCCCAAAUGGAUGUUCGAGACUGGUGCUGUCUUUCUCCACGGCUACGACAGAGAAGGCAACAAGCUCUUCUGGUUCAAAGUAAAGCUCCACUUCAAGGAUACAAAAACAAUCGUGGACAAGAAGAAGUAUGUUGCCUUCUGGCUGGAGCGGUAUGCAAAGAAAGAACCUGGGAUGCCGCUCACUGUUAUAUUUGACAUGGCAGAUUCUGGCCUCAGUAAUAUAGACAUGGAGUUUGUGAAGUACAUCGUUAAUUGCUUCAAAGUGUAUUAUCCAAAGUAUUUAUCCAAAAUGAUCAUUGUGGAUAUGCCUUGGAUUAUGAAUGCUGCGUGGAAAAUCGUGAAGUCAUGGUUGGGUCCCGAGGCAAUCAGCAAGCUGAAGUUUGCAUCCAAAUCUGAGAUCCAGGGAUACAUAGGUCCCGAGUACCUGCCACCUCACAUGGGUGGAACGGACCCCUUCAAGUACAGCUACCCACCUCUUCCCGAUGACGACUUCCAAACACCCAUCUCUGAAAAUGGACCAAUCGUUAGUGAGGACGAGACCGAGAGCAAAGAGGGUGAAAUGGAGAGCAGAGAGACCCUCGAGUCCAGCUUCAACUCUGAGGUUGCGGUAAAGCCCAAAAAGGUGAAUUUCCUGGAAGACAGUUUGAGGGCAGACGAUAAUGAUAAAGGAGAGACAAGCGCCAGGACCAAAGGGGCCAGGAAGCCACUGACCACCUUUAAAGGCCCUCUGCUAGAUGUUAGCCCCGCAGAGGAGCUCAGCUUUGGUUCUGGGGAGAUGGAGAAAAAAAGCCUCAUUAUCCUGAGCAAUGUGACCAAAAAUAAUGUGGCCUUCAAGGUGCGGACCACAGCACCCGAGAAGUACAGAGUGAAGCCCAGCAGCAGCUGCUGUGAAGCCGGAGCUUCAGUAGAUAUAGUGGUGUCCUUACAUGGAGGUUCUCAGGCCUCCCCACAGGACAGAUUUUUGGUCAUGGCUGCCGAGAUGGACAAUGCUGGAUCACAAGAACUUGCACAGUUCUGGAAAGAAGUACCAAAAACCAAGAUCAUGGAACACAGGUUGCGUUGUCAUGUUCUGGAGGGCAUUAAAACUACAUUGAACUCUCUCAGAGACAGCCCUGUGGAGACAGCGGUCAGCGGGCAGCAGGAAUUUCACACAGCGGCACUGGAUGGUAACUUAAAUUUCAAAUCACUCAUGCGAGUGAUAACCUGCAACGCACGGCUGGAGCAGAAGCUGAACACGUGUCUGUGGGUGCAGAAGGUUCUUAUUGGGUUGGUGCUGGUCCUCAUGGUGCUGAACAUGCUGUGUCUCUACCUGCUGGCUACUUCCCAGCUGCCAUCCUGACCUGCCACAGCUUCCUCCGCCUGAAUCUGUCCACCGCAGACACACAGACGGUUCCAGCAAGGCCACAGUUGAUCGCCUGAGGGACACUAGUCCUGAGCUCUCCCCUCCCCACGGGCUGCUGUCAUGGAGGGGAGGAGGGCUGACUUUAGGGACAAGCGAGUUGUUGUGAAGCUACUAUACGAAGAGAUUGUACUUGUCUCUUCUCGGUUACUUGAGAGUUAAUACAAGAGGGACCUUUAACAAUGUGACAUCAAAUCGUUAAUGUAUUUUUUAAGAUGCAUUCUGGAUAAAUAAAUGUGUAUUUAUUGCAAAAAAAACACAAUAUAGUGGAAUAAUUAGUUAUUUUGUAAUCAUAAUGUACACAUUUUUAUAUUGUAUAAAUCUAAAGAAUAUAAAAUAAACACUUUUUGUCAAUUUA